GCUUCAGUUUGCCGCUGAGUUAACUGGAGAUCGGUCGAAAAUCUAGAGUGGGAACUGCCCCUCGAAAACAGCGUGUUGGAUACGAAUUCACGGAUCAUGUACAGGACUUUUGUUUGGCUGCUAACCCUAAUGGCUGUGGCAAGUGCCGCCACCUCUGCUCGGGACUACCUGCCACGCCCCCCCGCCAGAGCCUACGUCUACGGCACGCCCCCGCCCAGCACAAUGGCCCAGCUGCGACGGAUAGUCCAAGGUCACCUGGAGCGCUUCCAGCAGGCGGAGCAGGCGCACUUCUCCCGCCGCGCCAAUGUGCAGCUGGGGAAAACGGAAGUGGCGGCGGAUAGGAAGCCGCUGGCGAUGCAACUGUGGGUGGUUCACACGCCCGCCGUUUCCGGCGCGGCCUCGGAUAACGUCCUCGAUUACGCCCUGCCGCCCAACACGCCCACGCCGAAGGACUACGCGCACAAGUUCCUGCCCGAGGGCAAGGAUGUGGUACCCGGAAGCUCUUACAUACCGCUGCGGUUGGUGGUGAUAAAGCGCUGAAGCAGCUAUGUGAAUCUUUGGGCGGCGGCUUGCCUUUUGUUGUUCGAAAACAAGUUGCGGCGGAAUGCCGAUAUCCGAUACCUAAUGCCCAACCAGUAGUUGGCUAAUUGGCUUUAAGCUUACUGGUUCCUAGCGCUAGUCCAGACAUAGUUUAGUUGUUUAUG